AUGAAGGGGCCGCAGAAGAGGAGGCUGCCCGAAGAAGAGCGGGAGGACCCAGAAGCGAAGAAGCACAGGGAUAACGAAGAUUUCCAAGGCUCUCAUGAAGGAUCAUCGUCUCAGAUUCAUAACCAAAAUGGAUCGAAUCGCCCCUGUGAAACUUCUUCCGAGAGACGGAAUCUUUCUUCCGAAGUAAUCCCGCGCACAACGUCAAUGGAGAGCUGGCAGAAGAGCAGCAAGCAUGCCACUCAGCAGGAGACUGACAGUAGUAGCCUGAGAGAAAGACGGCAGUCUUGGAAUCGAACAUCAUCUACAAGCAGCAUCUUCUCUAGAUCGUCUUCUUUGUUCAUGUCGCAUGUCGGAAACACAGGCAGCAAGCUGUUCCUUCGGACUGCAUCGCAGUUCUCGUAUUUCUCAUCGCAGAAACCGAAGAAGUCUUCAGACCCCAAGAAAAGAUUGGAGGGGUUGCUAGGAAAACUGAACUUUGAGUUCACGGGCAAGGAGGAAAACCUGAUAGUUGAGGCGUACUCAUGUCCAGUUUGUAAAGAUCACUCGACAACCUGCCACCAGAUCCGUGCGGUUUAUGACGCUUUCCAGCUGAGCUGGGCCGGUGUGUAUUCUAGUGCGCAGAAGCCUGAGUGGGAUGCAAACGAGGGCCUGGAGCGGCAGGAGCUCUCCAUCGAGGACUUAGAUGCAACAUGUCGCAAGACUGAGAUCGGAGCUGACUUUCGUGAGGUGAGCGUCGUGAAGUCCAUGGGAGUGAAAUGGAUUGAGGAUUGGUUCCAUCAGCAUCUCUACCGCAACCUGCGCAAGUUGUCUCGUGUCCAUGGAACCUCGACGCAUUUCAAUGCGCAGGAAUUUAUGGUUUCUUUCGCGCAAACUCUUUUGGACUGCCCAUCAGACAAGAGAGAAACGUACAAUCGAUCGCUGGGAAGGAUGUUUGGCAUCGAGAAGACACAACAGCGUUUCAGACUGAGGAAAUUUUGGUUGGCAUUUCUUGGAGAUAACAUGGCGAUGAUGACUCAUCCGAUUUGUGUUGCUCAGAACAUCUUGGGGAUCAGAGGACGGAGAUCUCUGUUUCAAAUCUUGAGUGACGCUACCUGGCUGCCGUUGCCAUACCGGAAGUUCAGAGACUUCCAGCAUUAUCUCAUCAAAUUGUGGUUACCGACACUGAUCUCGACGAUCGUCUAUCUUACCUACAUCGAGAGCAUGCAACGAGUGGCUCUGAUCGAAGUGAUUGGCCCGUUCAUCUUGUACUGGUUGAUCGGCUUCAUCGUUGCAACCAACUCAGGGUUUGAACAUCGAGGGCAUGUGCUGCGCAGGAAAUACAUCUUAACAGGCGAAUCUAAGUCUGAAGACUUUCGUGCCACAUUUGCUUUUAGAGCUCACACACCAGAAGGUCACGCAGCUUGUUCAUCCCAACGAAAUUUUCAUGUAGUUGAAAGAAUUGGGAUCAUUGCCGAUCACCUUUGCGGGAAAGCCUUCAAGAGGUUCAGCGUCUCGCUCUCAAAGGCCAUCGGAUUUCUGCAUUUCUUGGUCCCAAUGCUCAACAGGAUCUACUCUGACGUGUUUGGGGACUGGAGAAGGACUUUGUUGUCAGACGAGAGGACUUUGAUGGAUGUGCAAGUGUGGAGGGAGAUCCUCUCAAGAGUUUGGCUGUGGAUGUUUGGAGGAGAUUUGUGGAUUCAUGUCAUUGUUACUGGACCACCGGCUCUGAUCUCCGGAUACUUGAUGUACCGACUGCUCUUUAUCACCUUUGACAUCUUCUACAACGACCUUGGCUUCCUGUACAAGCUGAAGCUGUUACGAAAGUGGAUGCUUGCUCGAAAUAUCUCUGGUGAUGAAAGUGUGAGAGAUCAAGAUUUUAUGCAGUUUCUGUCGCUUCAGGACGAACAAGACUUGAUACAGUGGUGUCUCAUUAGACAGUUGUUGAUCGAUUCUUGUGCUGGUUUCAAGAACACACAACGAGAUGUGGUCUUUGCGUAUAUGUUCCUUGCCCUCGUCGUCCUUUCCUUUCUUAUCGUUCUCAAACACUAUGAUUGGUGGUUUGGAGCCGCAACCAUAUCUCGUCCAAUCAGUGUGUUGGACCUUUGGACUCUGUUAGAUUGCGGCAUCUUCAGCAUCACCUUGACGAGCAUCAUGUACCUCAAACUCGCUCUCUACGACCUUCGCAGGAGCGACAUCCGGCUGCUCCAAUCUGAAUUUUAUCGCGCGAGUUUGUUGAAGAGGGUAUCGGGAAACCACGAUGACUCCGAGACGAGACCUGCUGAUUCUUUCUCCCGCACAGCCAGCGGAAAUUCGAACUGUCCUUCCUGUCCUGAGCUAAUCCCGCAUGACGCCCUCGAGCCCUCCUUCGCCUCCUUCAGCAGCGUCGUCCCCAUCAUGGGCUCCGACUACUUCUCCGGAGGCCUGUCGGGCGUCCACUCAGCUUUCGGCUCCGCCUUCUACUCCGAGCGGUCCCUGACCCGGGGGAGGAUGGGCAGGAGAUCUCAAAAGUUCGGUACCUCAAGCCUCUCAGUCCCUUGGCCUGGACCAGAGACUGGAAGGAGCCCCGGCAGCACGGAGCUGCAGAUUCUCCUCGAGCAGACUGCUCGAUACAUCCAGCAGUUUGACAGGCCCCCCACUCUCCUUGGCUACCCGUUCACGUGGGAGGUGUUGAGAUACAUGUCGCUAUCACUGGUAGCUGCGAUCAUCACGGGUCUCAAAGGAACAAUCUUUCGUAAGCUGACGUUGUCGUGA